CUUUGUUUCUUCACUGUGCAUCGUCCACCCACUAUCCUCAACCAUGGCCGUCGGGAAGAACAAGAGAAUCUCCAAGGGAAGAAAGGGAGGCAAGAAGAAGAUUGUUGAUCCUUUCUCCAAGAAGGAUUGGUAUGACAUCAAGGCUCCUUCUAACUUCACUCACAGAAAUGUCGGAAAGACACUUGUUUCCCGAACUCAGGGUACCAAGAUUGCUUCAGAGGGUUUGAAACACAGAGUGUUCGAGGUGUCUCUUGCUGAUCUUCAAGGUGAUGAGGAUCACUCUUACAGGAAGAUCCGUCUCAGAGCUGAAGAUGUUCAAGGCAGGAAUGUCUUGACUCAAUUCUGGGGCAUGGACUUCACAACAGACAAACUCAGGUCCUUGGUUAAGAAGUGGCAGACUUUGAUCGAGUCUCAUGUUGAUGUUAAGACCACUGAUAACUUCACGCUGAGGCUUUUCUGCAUUGGAUUCACCAAGAGACGUGCUAACCAAGUCAAGAGAACUUGCUAUGCUCAAUCCAGCCAAAUCCGUCAGAUUCGCAGCAAGAUGAGGGAGAUUAUGGUCAAGGAAGCUUCGUCUUGUGACCUCAAGGAGCUUGUUGCCAAGUUUAUUCCCGAAGCUAUUGGGAAAGAUAUUGAGAAGGCAACUCAGGGCAUCUACCCUCUUCAGAAUGUUUUCAUCCGUAAAGUCAAGAUCCUCAAGGCUCCCAAAUUCGACCUUGGAAAGCUCAUGGAGGUUCACGGAGACUACACAGCAGAGGAUGUUGGUGUUAAAGUAGACAGGCCAGCUGAAGAGACUGUCGAGGAGCCUACUGAGAUCAUUGGAGCUUAAGAGGGUUUCUUGAGAAAUGUUAAAAUGAGAGAUCGUUUUAUCAUCUAAAUCUUUUUAGCUUCUUUCAUGCUUUGUCUCUUUGCACACUCAUUUGAUUUCUCAGCUUCUUUUUGGUGUAUUGAUGACUUUUUUUUACUAUAAACUAUCGAGUUUUGGAUAAUUUAUGCUAUAAACCUUUUCCUCCAAACUUGAGAGUUAAAUAACCGUUAAUAGAAAAUUU